CUGUAUUGGGAUAUUAUGUCAUUUUUCGCUUUAUUAAUAAUUUUGUUUUUAUCUCUGUAUAUUCUCUCUUUUUGCUAUACUAUUUCUUUGUUUUGUAAAUUUUUCGAGAAGUUUUUCGAAUUUCUUCGGGGGUUUUUUUGUAUUUUUUUGAUAUUUUUAUUUUAGCAUUUUAAAGCAAACAAAUUUUAAUAAAAUCAGCUAUCUAUUCAACAACAAAAUUAAAUAUAAUCAGCAAGCAAAGCAAAUUAACGCGUCUAACUAAAUAAUCGUUUAAUCACAAGGUUUAUUAUUUUUUAGCAGCAGCAAAAAAUAUUAAACUAACAACUAGACGAUAUUUUAUUUUUCUUCUCUUGUGUUUAAUAGUUCUGGUUUUUCACUUUGGUAUUUUUUUUAUUUUUUUAUUUGGUUUUGAUUAGGAGAGUGAGAGGGAGAUGUGAACCCAAAAAAUCAAGGAAAAUUAUCAUCGUCUUAGGGAGCGAAGCAGUUUCGAUAAUUUGUAUGAAGGAGGAUAUUUACUAGAGAUCAAGAUUUUUGAAAAGCCUGGGCCUGUUCCUGGACUGGGUUUAAUUUAUUGACCGGAGCAGGAUCUUGGGCCUGUAGUCCAAGAAAAACCCCCAGGUACAGGAAAACCCUAGGAAGGUCAAAAAAAUGCCUGCGCCAGGACUCUGGAUAAAGGAAAGAUUCAAGCUUUGGUCCAGACCCAGCUUGAUUACUAAUAGGAAGGCUAAUAAGCGAACUCAUGAAAAAAGGGGAAUUACUAGUCUUCUAAUCAUAAAAUUAGGGGGUCUAAUCUGCGAGGUUUUACCGCUUUUUGAGUUUUAGCCCCAUUUUUCCUGGUCAUUUUUUCGGGUCAUUUCCUUGAGUCUUUCUAUUUUUUAUUUUUACCAGUCCAUAGGGUUAUUGAUUUAUAUAUGAUGUCAUUCCUUCAUAAAACUUCUCUUAUUUAUUUUUUCAGUAAAAGCCAGAAACAACUAUUCAAAUAAACAACAAAUUUAAUCUAUUUUAUUUUAUUUAAAUUUAUUUUUUGGCUAUUUUAUAUAGCGACUAAAGCUGCUUGGUUUUUUGCUUCUCUUAUUUUAUUCAAUUUUAAUAAACGUGGCAUCAGCAAAGCUGAAGCUCGAAACUACAGAAGAAGAAGAAUAUUUUUGUGAAUUGACUGGAAAGACUAGUAAACAAAAGCACGAUAAAAUGCAAUCGAGAAUGGAAAUGAUCUGUGAGGAUGUGAAUCAAUUGUGUAAUAAUAAUUCGACGAUGGUGACGGCUCCAACUGCUCCAGAACCCAAAUUAACGCGAACAAUGAUAAUCUGUGAGGAUGUGAAUCGAAAUGAUAAAGAUGAUAAUAAUGAUGCGGAUAAUCCUCUGGCUGACCACAAUCUUCUUUUGCAAGAAGCGACACCACCAGAUGAUCAAGAAGGAACGUUAAAUAUGAAUCAGGAACAUCACCAGUCUCUUUUCUGUGCACCUGCCUCCCCAGAACGAUCCCCGUCUGUUUUGGAACAAAAACCGCGAGUUUGGCGUCAACAGCUUGGAGUACCUCAACGAGGAUUUGGAUCAGGCAAUAGAGCGGAUUGGGAUUCAAGCAAUCGGCCAGUUCGUCUACCGUCGGCGGCCUCAAGUGGCGACAAACUUGUGGCGGAACAACAAACUCCACUACAACGUUUACUGGCCGACCGAAGUGUAUUUUUAAGUGCGACGCCUCCAACCCGAAGUCGUCUAUUUACCCCGAUAUGCCAUGCCUCAUGUGUUAUGAAAUGCGCGGAUAUUAUGGAUCAGGAGGAGGAGGAGGGGAUGAUGAAUAUUAUGGAGGAGGAGGAAGCGAAUUUGAUGAGCUCUCAACCACCUCGUCUCCUUCCAGCACCCGAAUGUGCCGACAUAUUCACCAGUCGUGGGUUCAUUGCUGCUCCUCAAAGUUUAAGAAGACAAAGUCUAGAAAGUCAUCAAAAUUAUCAGUCAAAUCAAUGGGAGGAUGUUGCCACAACUACAUCAACAAGUGCCUCGGGCCAUGCCUCAAGUGGCGACUUCUUCAACUCUCCCAAUUGUUAUUACAACAAUUGCAACAACAACACAUGUUACAAUAAUGAGUGUUUUGAAGGUGGUGGUAGUGGUGGAAAUUCUUUGGAAAAUUCUUUUGAAAAUUCUUUUGACAAUUAUUAUAAUCACAAUCAACAUUUAUCUUCUUCUUGUGAACAGUAUCAACAUCAAAAUAAUUUUAAUUCUUUUAAUAAUUUUAAUAAUUCUUUUAAUAACCACAAUAAUCAACAACAACAACAACAAAAUUAUUCAAAAAAUUAUUUGUCGUCUUCCCCUCAACAAUAUUUGGCAUCUACAACAACUCCUUCCUCUUCCUCUUCUUCCUCUCAAAAUAAUAAUAAUAGUGAUUGGCAUUUUUGGAUUGAUGAUUUAAUUAAACAAGUACAAAAUGAAGUUGCUGCUGAAAAAAAGCUUUUCUGUAUGGAUAGACGCCCUUCUACUACUUUUAGUGAUAUUUCUGGUAAUGUUGGUUCUGUGCAGCAACAAAAUGUAUUUGAUGAUGAUGAAAAAAUGGUUGUUAAUAAUAAUAAUAAUUGUGCUACUCGAUUUGAGUCUGGCAGUGUUGUCUCCCCAUCCUUAUAUUCCCAAUCUAGUAGUGGUUGUAGUAGUUCAUCAUCUAUUGGUAAUUCUCCUUAUUCUUUUAAUGGAACAAUUAUUCCUCCCUCUACAACUCAAAAACAAAAACAACCAAUUUUUUCUAAUAGUGACAUUUCAUCCCACAACAAUAAUAAUAAAUUAAAUAAACGCGCAAAGAAAAAUUCUCUCCUAACUCUUUCGCGUGAGGAAUUGGCAGAAAGGAAAAAACAACAAAAUCGAGUGGCAGCCCAGCGUUAUCGUAACCGACGUACCCGAACCCUGGAAAGUGAAAAAUGUGAAAUUGAUGAGUUGGAAUCUCGUAAUUUUAAAAUGCGAGAAGAAUUGGCUAUGUUGACUAAAGAAAUUGAAAAAUUGAGAGGUCAAUUACUCCUUUCCCGUUAG